AUGAAAUCCUAGCCCUGCUCUUUACCCACUUUAACCCACGAAGAGCGCAUCCCUCGGGAAUCGGGGGAGUGUAGCGCAAUAAGGGAAUGAGGCCAGCAGACCGUGGGAAAGUUCCGGUUCCCGAGCGGCGUUCGAUCGGAAUAAGCCUGAGCGGGUGGGACAGCGACCAUGGCCGGUGGCGGAGCGGGUGGAAGGGCUCCGUACCCGGCCUGGAGGGGGCGAAGGGCUGGAACGCCCGAAGAGCAACGCGAUCGGAGCUGAGGCGAGCGAGCGAGAUCUCCGCUAAACUGUUCUACCCAGGAGGCUGGGCGGAGCCGCUGACAGAAGAGGAGGAGGAGCUGCUUGCUGCUGCUGCUGCUGCUGCUGCUGCUGCUGCUAUUACUUCCUAAGCCGGAAAAUCUUGUUCUUUCCUGGGAAGCGGGCGAAGAUCCGCGCGGAUUGCAUUGGCAACCGGACGCUGGAGGAAGCUGGAGGGAAUCAUGAGGCGACUGGGGUGUUUGGGAGAUGAUUUGAAGGGUACAUGUGACUAACCCACCUCAGACUCCCUCACCCAUUCUGCUACCUCAGGAGCCUAAUAGCAUUGGAUUUCCACUGGUUCUGGACACUCUCAAGGGGCCAUGAGACUAGCAGGUCCUCUUCGUGUUGUUGUGAUUGUCUUGACAGCAGGGCUGACCUGGAUCCUUGUCAGCAUCUUGUUGGGGACCCAAAGCAGUUUUUCUCGCCUGCAGCAGUUCCUCCUCAACAGUCCAGAGAACACUCCCGCUACAGAACCAAGGCCAAAGAAAUACAAGUGUGGCCUCCCUCAGCCCUGCCCAGAGCAUUCGUUCGCCUUCCGGAUGACAAGCGGUGCAGCCAAUGUUAUUGGGCCCAAGAUCUGCCUUGAAGAUAAAAUGCUAAUGAGCAGCAUGAAGGAUAAUGUAGGCAGAGGUCUGAACGUUGCCCUGGUGAAUGGUGUGAAUGGAGACUUGAUUGAUGCUAAGUCUUUUGACAUGUGGGCAGGAGAUGUGAACGAACUGCUAAAAUUCAUCCGGUCAUUGCAUGAAGGGACAUUGGUAUUUGUUGCCUCUUAUGAUGAUCCUGCCACAAAAAUGAAUGGGGAGGCCCGUAAAAUCUUCACAGAAUUGGGCAGCAAGUUUGUUCGGGAACUGGCCUUUCGAGACAGCUGGGUCUUUGUUGGAGCCAAAGGAGUGCAAGACAAGAGUCCCUUUGAGCAGCAUAUGAGAAACAGCAGAAGCUCCAACAAGUAUGAGGGCUGGCCCGAAGCCCUUGAGAUGGAAGGCUGCAUUCCGCAACGAACCACCGAGAUCCUGUGAGGAUCCGUUUCUUCGAAACUUCAAGUUAAUUUUCUCAUGGGGAUGGGAGAAAAAGCCUCCAGUUUUCCACUUAUUGUUGUCUACCCUUAUUGUGGAAGCUGUCUUUUUUUCCUUCUCCACAGCGGCCUGUUUGGCAGUGCCUUAAUAAGGCCAACCAGUUGCCCUUUUCAGAAAAGUUUUCUUGCCCUGCACUUUGGGAAGAGAGAACAUGUAAACAACUCCUUCUUGCCGGAUUAGUUCUCACUUCCCUUCUCUAGUGCCUUACAUUUUUCCCAGAUGAAGGAGCUAAUAAUCCUUGCCCUCUUCCCUGCUAUAAAUUUGCAGAGCCAAUUGAUUUCCUCUACUGAGAACCGGUCUGGGGUUUUUAUUUGUGAUAAUUUAAAGCUCGAGGAAGAACUCUUGGGCAGGAGGAGUAAGUGGGAGAUACCAUGAAAAGUGGGAAGGUCCCCUCAUUUCUUUAUCUCCACAACAUGCUUCUAUCAUGCCUUCUUUAAAUAUUUGCAUCUUUCUUUGAUCCAUGCACAUCUCAAUCAUACAUGCAUUCUUUGCAUGUGUAGAAUCCCAGCACUGCUCAGCUGAAAAGCAUGGAGGUCAAAGGAAGAGUCCCGUAUUCAUGAGGUUUUGCCAAAGGAACCACUCUGAAUCAGAGUUUAUCUAUUUUAACACCACUGCUGUUCCAAAGGCACCCCCUUAGUUUGCUAAACUUGAGAAAUGCCCAGUUACUGCUUCCUGUAGUGUAAUGUUGGUGCUUCAGUUUGGGAGGGGAUUGGGUGAGGACCGAGGCUUUCAUUCAUCCUUUUGCCCAUGUUCACUUUUUUUUUUUCCAAUAGAGUAUAGUGGUGGGAAUCCAAGCUGAAGGUUUCCAUUUGCCCAAUCCUUGUUGCUGAACAAUUUCUUCAAUAAAUACUCUGUAAAACAA